CCCAGUAACAGCGCCUCUCUUGACCUCCAGAUAUUUCCCCCACCCAGCCUCCCCGCAUAUCUUCUUUUCUUCUGGCCAUAUUGACGAACCUCGUCGUCUUUACCAGUCAGAUCCAACCGGCGCGUCUCGCGCACUAGCCCAAGCCCGCGUCUGCUCGCCGUUUAGUCGCGCGCCUGCUCGCCGUUUCUCACCACUCCCAUCCCCACUUUCCGCCCGUUCUCGCGCCACGCUCACUCCGCUUCCUAUGGAGGCUGCCGUCGGCGCAACGUUCUUCCGCGGCCACCCUGUGCGCCUGAACAGGGCGGGCUUUCGGGGGGGACAUUCCGCGCUCGCGGGGCUUCGGCGGAAAUCCGUUAGGGUAACAUCGUCGUCGGAACAGCCAACGUGGCGCGCGAAGGCGGCGACGACCACGACGCAGACCGUUGCGACGGAUAGCCCCGCUUCCGCGUUCUCCGCGUCCGCCUCCCUCCCCGCGGACCCGUCACGCGCUGCACCCUUAUUUAACAGCGCAGCACCCGCUGCAGCCAAUGAGAGCGCGCCAGCUGGCUCCGGUACAGUGGCAGCGGGGCGCGCCGUGGCGAUAUACGACACCACACUCAGGGACGGUUCGCAGAUGGUGGGGAUUUCUCUCUCAGUGGCGGACAAGAUGCGCAUAGCGGAGCUCUUAGAGGAUCUCGGGGUUGACUAUAUCGAAGCGGGCUGGCCAGGCUCCAACCCCAAAGACGCUGAGUUCUUCCAGCGGUGGAAGGCCAGAGAGGCGGCGAGGGAGGGGAUAGAGAGGUUGACUGCAGCAGGGGGUGAUAGUAAUGGGGGGAGUGGGAUGGGGGAGGUGAGGAGGGCGAGGCUGGCCGCGUUUGGAGCGACUCGUUAUAAGAACACGACAUGUGAAAGGGACGCGAAUGUGCAGGCACUGGUGGAGAGUGGGGCGCCCGUGAUCACCCUAGUGGCCAAGGCUUGGGACGCCCAGGUGGAACGCGUGCUGGAGGCGACUCUAGAGGAGAAUCUGGCAAUGAUCGGCGACACGGUGGGGUACUUCGUUGCUCUGGGGCGCCAUGUCAUGCUGGACGCCGAGCAUUUCUUCGAUGGCUUCACCGCCAACCCCGAGUACGCCAUGGAGUGUGUGCGGGCAGCAGCAAGGGCGGGGGCAAAUGAGGUUGUACUGUGUGACACUAACGGGGGCUCCAUGCCGUGGCGCGUGCAUGAAGUGACUCGUUUGGUGGCAGAGGAGCUAGCCCGGGGAGCAGCAGAGGGGGAGUGGGGAUUCAGCACGGGCGUAGGCGUACACUGCCACAACGACUGUGGUAUGGCGGUGGCCAACAGCGUUGAGGCCGUGCGCGCUGGAGCACGGGUGGUGCAGGGCUGUGUGAACGGCUACGGGGAGAGAACAGGCAAUGCGGAUAUCGUUACCACCAUCGGCAUUCUCCAGGUCAAGCUGGGCUGCGACUGCUUGCCUGAGGAUUCGCUCGCCAGGUUGGCGGAGAUCUCCGCUGAGAUUGCGCGGGUGGCGGGCCAGCCGCCUAACCCCGCGCAGCCAUUUGUGGGGGCCAAUGCGUUUGCCCACAAGGGGGGCAUCCACGUUGCUGCUUUGAGGAAGAUGCCUGAGAGCUACAACCACUGCGACCCCACUUUGGUGGGCAACGCCAUGCGCUCUGUGGUCUCGGACCUGUCGGGCCGCGGCAACAUCCUCGAGAAGGCCGAGAGGGCGGGGCUGGACUUGGACAAGGACGAGGCGGGGCGGGUGCUGGCGCGGAUCAAGCAGAUGGAGGCGCGGGGGUUUGCGUUUGAGAACGCAGCAGCAUCUGUGGAUAUGCUGAUAGUCAGACGGGGGGCGCGGUAUCGAAUCCCCUUCCACGUGUUGGAGUUCUCUGUCAUCUCAACCAACCGCCUCGGCGUCCCCCAGCCCGUGAGGGGCAGCAGCAGCAGCAGUGAGAGCAGCGGUGAUUGGAGCGACACCAGUGAUGAGGAGUUGGGAGCGGAGGCAGGAGAGCAGGGGGAGAGAAGGGAGAGGAGGGAAAGGGAGAGGAGGGAGAGGAAGGAGGAGAGGGAGGAGGCGGCGCUGGUGGCGGAGAGUGAGUGGAUGGAGGGCGCCAGCUGCAAUAGCCAGGCCAUUGUCAAGGUCCAAGUGGGCGGCAUCAGCCAGAUGAGUGCAGCGGAGGGCAACGGACCCGUGGACGCCCUCAACCAUGCUCUGCGGGCGUCACUGGACUGCCACUUCCCGCAGCUGUCCCAAGUGGAGCUGGUGGACUACCGCGUGCGCCUGCUGGAGCCCACUGAGCGCCGCAGCGGCACCAUGUCCACCACACGGGUCACCAUCGACUUCUGUGACAAGAGCUCUGGGGUUACCUGGACCACGGUGGGCGCGCACUCGUCCAUUGUGGAGGCCAGCUUCCGCGCGCUCAUAGACGGGCUUGAGUUUGGCAUUGUCAACUGCAACGAGUCCGGAUGCAAAAUAUGACCGGCACCCACCCACCCACCCACCUACCCACCCACCCACCCACCCACCCACUGCUCAACGUCCCUCCCAACCCGAAUGAGUAUUGGAAGGGAAGUGAUUGGUGCAAGGGACACAAGACAAGUGGUUGCCUUGCCCCGCCUCCUCGCAGAGUCGCCUCAGUUGAGAGGCACAUGUAGGAUGUUGCAGUUGCGCGUGCGUUGUGUCGUGUGUUUGCGCCUGUGCAUGCUGCAAGGGCAUACACGACAAUAGAGACUCAUGUUCAUGUAUGCUUUCUUCCUUUCUACAAUCUAGAUGGGGGGAGGGGGAGGGUUGCAGUAAACGCAACCCCACAAGUGUAGGAAAUUAUCAGGUGUUGCCAAGGUUGCCUCUAUGCACAUGCACACACCACUGUAUAUGCUGUACUUGGAGUGUGCAGUGUACACCAACUUGCUACAGUGCAGUGCACCAACUUGCUUGUUGUUGACCCUUAAUUUGUAUGUGGAGUGGGUUUAAUGUUAAGACGAACGAUUGAUU